GGAGCACCUGUGGCAGGGAGCACAUGUUGAUGAAACUCAUCUGCUCAGUGAGCUCAAACCAGAGCUUGGCCCAUGACUACCCCGACUGUCGCGAGGGGAGCGGUGAGGCCAGCCUGCUGGUGUCACCCUUGGUGGUGGCAGGCAUCGUCAUCGGCCUCGUGCUCCUCCUGUCCUGUGUCACCAUCAUCGUGGGCAGCCUGCGCAAGGAUGGCCGGCUGAGCAGCUCCCAGCUGCGCUCCAGCUACGCUCCAGAUGGUUACUCCUAUGGCGGAUCUGUCGGGGAGCUGAGGUCCACGUGCUUUGAGGAGUUCCCCCCAGUCUUCGACUUUGAUUCCUAUGUGGAGUCCCUUUCACAAGUCAAUGCAAUGUAUUUGGAUGCACCACCCAACUACGAGGACUGCGUGGGACCCGGAGCAACACAGAUAUACAUCCCCACUGAUGACCCACCGCCGUAUUCAGUUACAGACCCGUGUUGGGGGAGAAACCUGCAGGAGGCCCAUGCUGAAGCAGAAGCCGAGGAGUUCCUGGGUGGGGCCUCUCUGUGCCCCCCUGGACCCCAGGGAAUAGAGCAGCAGCUGGUGUCCUCCGUAGCACUGGAGGCUGCACCGCCUUACGAGGAUGUCAUGGAGGAAGGGUCAACUCUACCGAUCCCGCUGAUCCCCCUGGACCUGUUCAAACACACCUCGGCAGACAGUGUCCCUCGGCAACCGCUCCCCCACGGAAUCCUUUAAGAGAAAAGAGGCGAGUGGAAACACAGCAUCUCCUUAAUUCUGAUUGGUUGACACAUUUUAGGUGGCUUUGCUUGUUUUUUAAUAGCUAUCCACUUCCAUGAUUCCAGUGGUCCAAAAAGACUUUAAUCUGAACAUUUAACUGGAGCUGCCCUUGCCUCCAACCCUGCUCCCACUCCCACUGGCCCUCCUAUCACUCAAUGAAACCCCACCCCCACAGUACCUGGAGCACUGCCAUGGUAACUAACACAGGGCUGCUGAGGAACUGAGGCCUUGAGGUGUGACCUUGGUCUCAUCUGACAUGCCACUCUUCCUUCUGUCUUUGUCUGGUUUUUGUUCCGAUCACAUCACACAAUGUCACGUAGGAGCAGAUAAUGUCAAUGUUUCUCUGUAGACUCAACAAAAACAGUCGCUUGUUCAGGUAUAAGAAGAAAAAACAAAUACACUGUGUAACACACAUGAAUUAAGAAAUCCAAGCCCAGAAAAGCAGAUCCCUUAAAACCGGUACAUUUCUGUGAUGAUCGCUCUGUAACUCGCCCUGUGUAGAUAAUAUGUA